GUGAGCUGAACUCCUGCCAGCGUCUCUUGAGAAUAGUCACAACAGAGACGAUCUGUGGAGCUUCAUCAGCCCGGGACUGUGUUUUCUGGGUCCAGCUGAUGUGUCUUUGAAUGCACCAUGAAGCCGCAGCUGACCGGGAUCAGGACGCGACCCCCCACCACACAAGCGGCCGGAGACGAGGCUGCUCUGUCCCUGGAAGAGGAGCUGGUCGCGGCCAUACACUCCGCUUUCGAGGUGGCCGUGCAGAUCGCAGUCAGCCAGGUGAAGAAGCUGCUGGGUCAUGCGACGGGCGACACGUACGAGGACGUGCGGCGGGAGAACGAGUCCCUCAGGCGCAGGCUGCAGAGGGCUGAAGCCAUGCUGGAGCCAAGUGGAGUCUCUCUCCCGUCCACCGAUCACCCGUCUCCGGCUAAACUCAGUCCUGCAGCGGUCGGCGUGCACAGUUUCAGAGGUAUCCCAGAAGUCACUCAAGCAAUUUCCCAUGUUAGUUUGGUGAAGGCAGAAAGCGUCAAGCAGCCCUGUCAGGAGACGACUGCUCACCAUGUGGCUCCACUCCCCAGCAGUGAUGCAAUGUCCCCUUUAGAGCAGAUUACAGUAAAGCAGGAGAAGCAUGAAGAAGAGGAGGAGGAUAGAGAUAGUUUAGAUUGCUGUUUAGACUCAAUCAAAGUGGAGGAUUUUAGCCUGGAGUCUGUGUCCGAGUGGGAACAAGAAGUGCUGGAUCCUCCGAGCCAAGACCUGAAACCCCAGCUGUCCUGCACCACGGCUCAGGCUCAUCCUCCAAACAUGACCCCAGGCCUUCCACCGCCCACAGAUCUCCCCACCCUCUCUUCUGAGUUUCCCAUCUUCCAGCUGGAAGAACCGGCUCCGACCCCAGAGCUUCGUCCACAGACUUAUGGAGUCCACGUGAGGACCAGCAUGUACUCCUGCAAGCUCUGCGGCCAGACCUUCCACCUGCCCAGCUUGCUGCGGCGUCACUCUGGCCAGUGCCAGCAGAAGCACCAGCAGCGUUGUCCGCCGCCCACAGCUGGAAGGAAGAGGGGAAGACUGCAGCUUUACCCUCCGGGCUGCAGCCCCUACCGCUGCACCGAGUGCAACCGAGACUUCAACCGCCUGGAGAACCUCAAGACCCACCUCCGCAUACACACAGGAGAGAGACCAUUCACCUGCUCCGUGUGCUCCAAGUGCUUUCGUCACUCUGGUGCAUUAACCAGGCACUUCCGUAUCCACACUGGAGAGAAGCCGUACCUCUGCGGACAGUGUGGGAAGUCGUUCAGAAACUGUGGGGGACUUAAAUUCCACCAGCGUGUACACAACAAGCAGCUACAGUAAAGAGGGACUCAAUGGUAUUAAGGUCUUCAGGACCAACCUAUUUGUGUGUGAUACAAUCAGCUGAAUUAUUUUUGUGCUCGAUAAUUUUAUGUUUUAAAAUCUAUUUCCACUUGAUAUAUCCCUUAUACACAUAGUAGCCUACAAGAGCAUUGAUAAUUUAAUGCUAUAAUAUAAACAGACAAAAAUGUUACUAUCAUAUAUUAAAAAAAUGAGCAAAACGCAAACAGUCCCAAUCUUUCAUUAAGUCUAUCAACAUGUCAGUGUUCCAUCAGAGUGACUGAUGACCUCUCCUGUUCUGUCCCAUUUUUUCUGCCAAGUCUCCCAUUUGACAUUACAGCUAUUUAACCUCUCUUUCCCAGAAAGCAGCUUCACAGCAAAUUAUUAUUGAUCUGCUUUCAUUUCAGUGGUGAUGUCCUGUGAUUUAGUGACCUCUUGGUAGAAAAAGGACAAAGUCUCUUAUUCGGCUAUUUAGCUGCGUACUGUCCACAUUAAUGAUUUAUAGAUAUGUGCAAGCUUUUAAUUCAUUUGUAAAUGUAAAUGCCAUUUAUUUAACGGAUAUUAUGAUUAUUAAAUUAUUUUUCUUUGGCGGCCAA